AUGGCGGUGGACGAGGUGAAUUCGGUCUACGUCGGCGGCCUUCCCUACGAGGCCAACGAGGAGAUGCUUCGCGACGCCUUCGGGUACUACGGCACCAUCGUCUCCGUCAAGGUGAUUAAUGAUCAUGGUGUCAAAGGCAAGUGUUAUGGUUUUGUUACUUUCACUCACCCCAGAGCUGCUGAGCAAGCAAUUGCAGGCAUGGACGGCAAGAAAUUAGGCAAUCGUAUUGUUCGAGUAAAUGAAGUGCGUACAAGAGGUCCCCGAGAUUUUGGUCGAGAUGGUUUCAGACGAGAUCCAAGAAGGUAUGGUAGAGAUCCAUACUGGGACAGAAGGGACAGGGAACGGAGCUAUGAUCGUGAAAGAGAUCCCUACCAUGACAGGGAUAGUGAUAGAUCCCGUGAGCAUGAUAGAGAAAGAGAUUAUGAGCAUGGUGGCUUUAAUCGAGAAAUUGAGUAUCCCAUGGAUCGAGAUCAUGAAGUAGACGAGAGACGUCCUAGAGAACAUGAUCGUGCAGCAGAAAUGCAUAAUAUGGAUUCAGAUAAUGACAAAGAUAGGGAACAUGGAACAAGAAAAAGGUUCAGCCGCCCAAAAGGUCGUGAUAGCAGAGAUUUAUCGAGUUCCAGUGAUGAUCUUCAAAAUGAUGGAAAGGACCAGUUGGAUAAAACUAUUCAGAUGCGUGAGGACCUUGAAAAUGAGGUUAACCAGAUUAAGGAUAAAAUAUCUGCGAAAGAACAGCACAUUGCAGAUUUGCAGAAGAAAGCUCAGAAAUUAGAGGAUGAACUGGUUGCUGCACGGAAAGUCUCUUCAGAACGACAAUUAGCUGUUACAGGCCUGUACAAACAUUUUCUUCAACUUCAAGACUACAACGAUAGGGUCAAAACAGCUGAACAGAGGCUGCAGUCUCUUGUUGAUGCUGCCAUGGUCGAGCUUGACAUGGCCGAAGAUGCUACUACCAGAGAUGGCUCGAUGUAUGAGAAUGGUGUGGUUUGA